AAUACAAGCCAUGUAAUUACGAACUGCGACAAAACAAUCGAAAAAAUGGGCUCACAAAUGCAAAUCCUGCAACCACUGCCACUCCCAUUCUCUUCUUCUUCCUCUCAGAGCUGCCCUGCACUCUUCCUCUUCCGCCAUAGCCAUCACCGUCUUCGACCUCUCUCUUCUUCUCGCAUCCAUGGCUUCCACUACAAAAGAAGACGCUCUUUCUCUCUCGCGGCCGCUGGGGAAGAUAAUGCGACAACCUCAACUUCCGCUUCGAUUUCAACUUCCCCACAAGACGAAAAGCUCACCCAAGACGACCCUGACCCACAAGACCUCGAAUACGUCCGCCAAAUCAAAAGGGUGUUAGAGCUUCUCCGCAGGAACAGAGACAUGCUCUUCAGUGAGGUGAAGUUGACUAUUGCAAUUGAAGACCCGCGAGACGUUGAGCGGAGGAGAUUGCUUGGGAUUGAAGACCAAGAUGAUGCUCCAACAAGGGAUGAUUUAGCUGCCGCUUUGGAAGAAGUGAAUAAAGGCAAAAUCCCAAAAAAUCGGGCUGCUCUUCGAAUGCUUGCAGAAGAAAUUAUUCAAUGGCCUAAUCUAGAGGCUGAAGCAACAAAGAAAAAGCCUAGCAAAUCCCUCUAUGCAAGAGCCACAGACACCGGAGUCGAUCCUCGAGUGGCUGCAAAAAGACUGAACAUUGAUUGGGAUACAGCGGCUGAGUUCGAAGAUACUGACACCAAGGAUGAGAGCGAAGUGCCUCCAGUCGUGGGUUAUGGUGCACUGUAUUUAGUUACGGCUUUUCCAGUCAUCAUUGGUAUCUCAGUUGUAUUGAUUUUGUUUUAUAAUUCCCUUCAGUAGAAAUUAACCAUUUAACUACAAUGUACAAUCUAUGCCUCAGAGUGGAUCCAUUACUGUUAUUCUUCUCUGCUAGAGUUUGUAUAUCUCAAUCAUGAAUAUGAAUGAUUUGUUUUUUUUUAUUUUU